AUGGCCUUUCUCGUCACACCCAUUCCGGCGACGAAGGAAUUGUUGAUAAGCGAGUCCUUUGACUGUUACGACGCGUUCGGUCACGGCACCUUCCAGAAGCGGCUAAUGCUCCUCUGCGCUCUCGGCGCUUUCCUGGCGAACAGCCACGCCUUGGCGUUCUCGCUCAUUUCGAGAGGAGUGGACUACAGAUGCAAGCAGCCGUUGCCCUACUCCAACAUUUCGGCAGUCGCCUCCGAAGAAUUAGCAGAGCAGCUGGGCCGUUGCCUCGUCUACGAGGACCCGGCGGAACCGAACAACUCGCGGACGGUGGCGUGCCGAGAGUGGGAGUACGACGACGAGCGGGCGAGGACGACCGUCGUGAGUGCGUGGAACCUGGUGUGCCAAAGAAAGCUACUCGUCGCCGGCAUGUCGGUCGUUCAAAAUGCCGGAGCCGCAGUGUUUGUCGUAGUGGCUGGAUACGUGGCGGACAGCGUUGGCCGAGUGCCCGUCCUCGUAGCUGCGGCUCUGGUACUCAUGGUCUCCGGGUCUGCCAGCUGUCUUUCCAGCGACUACACGACACACGCGGUUCUCAAGUUCUUUAGCGCGGGAAGCUCCACCUUGACCCUGGUUUUCUCAGCCAUUUCCCUCUUCGAGGUGACUACCCACGACAACAGACCGCUGCACAUAGCAGUCAGCGGCACGCUCGGUCUGUUGGCCUGCGACGCCUGGUAUUUCUUCACGCUGCAGUGGAGCCUCAGGUGGGAACUGAAACUGGCCGUCUUCAUCCUGCCGGCCACGGUGCUGCUGCCGGCCUACCUCACGGUCUACGAGUCCCCGCGCUGGCUGGUCGCAAGUGGGCAGUACAAGAGAGUGGAGCGCGUCGUACUCACCGCGGCUGACGCGAAUCGCUUUCCCCUGCCGAGCGCCGCCUGCCUACUGGACAAACUGAGGGCGGACAUGACCCGAACGUCGGGUCGCAGGGCGACCAUCGUCGAAGCGCUUCUCAACGGCUUUUCCAUGCGACGGCGCGCCCUCAUCAUGUGCGGCUCCUUCUUUUCCAACACGUUCGCGCUGUACGUCAUCGUCUACACCAACGAACAGCGGGGUACGCCGUGGCAGCCGUACAGCGCGUUCUUCUUCAACUUCACGGGCUACGCCAUUAUGCACCUGUUCAUCAGGAAGGUCACGAUGCUCACCGUUAUCGUCACGCUGUUCGCGGCGCUCUGCGUGGUCCAGUGCCUGCUGAUCCUGAGCGUCGUCGCCGCCACGGAAUCGAGCGUCGUCAUCGAAGCGCUAGCUCAGGUGCAGAUUAGCCUGUACUACUCCGGCGGCAUCGCCUGCUUUGUCUACGUCCUGGAGCUCUUCCCGACGGCUCUGCGCGCCACUGCCAUCGGUUGGGCGUUCGCUUUCGGCCGCCUCGGAGCCGGUUGCGCCCUCCUCUCCCUUGUGCUGAAGAACAUCGGCCGCGAAAACUUGGCGCUCGUCGCGGCGGAAUUCCUCCUGUUGGUGUCGCUGCUGACGCUGCGCAGUCUCCCACCCGCCACCUCGAUCGAGUGCACCAAGAUGGCGUCCAGGCGCACCUCGCUAGAGAGCAAGCACAACAUCGAGCGCAUGAAGGACACCCUCGAGAAGCGCCGGGCGGAGGGCAGCAGAAAGAGCAAGAGCAGCUCCGAGAGCAGCAAGACGGCGUCCGCCUCGCGCAGCAGCCGCGCUCGCCGCGCAAAGGCCAAUAAAUAG